CGAGCGCGUCAUUGUGAGUUUGUCAGUCAGUCACUCGCGCGCAUCCGUCAGCAGCAUGUUUAGCAGUCCCUCGAGACAGUUUGACGAAGACCCGUUCUUCACCGAUCCAUUCCAGGUGCAUCAUGAUCGCAUGCGGCAGAUGAUGAGGGCCUUUCCAGACCCUUUCGCUCAGAGCUUCACACCCCGCAUCACAGACGGGAGGAACAGAACUCGCAGGGGUGAGGGUCAGGCCAGCACGACUCCGUCCCUUCUACACAAUGAGCGAGAGGUGGAUUUCUUCAGCAAUCCUGUGGCUUUGAUGGACAGCAUGAGGAACAGAAUGCAGGAAAUGAACAGAAAUUUUGAGAACAUAGCCUCAGAGCCCAACAGCCACUCGUUCUCCACCUCAUCUGUCAUGAGCUACUGUAAAUUGGGAGAUGAACCGGCUAAAGUCUUCCAGGCAUCUUCUCAGACCCGCUGUGCUCCUGGAGGAAUAAAAGAGACCCGUCGUUGUCUGAAGGACUCUGACAGCGGCCUGGAGAAAAUGUCCAUCGGUCAUCACAUUCAGGACAGAGGACACGUCAUCGAGAGGAAGGAGAACAGGAAGACAGGAGAGAAAGAACUCAACCAGGACUUCCAGAACAUGGAUGAGACUGAGGCUCAGUCCUUCGAUGAUGAAUGGCAGCAGGAAGUGUCCAGAUUCCAGGUUUCGGCACCCAUGUCCCGCCUGGAGGCACCGAGACACAGGACAGUACACAGAGCGGCCAUCAAGGGUCCACAGGAGAUACGCAGAGAGGCCAAACAAUGAGCUGAACAUCACAGGCUCCAACAUCAAGAAGCAAGAAAAACUGGUACUACUGCAGUCUGUCACCAGUGCUGCUCGUCAAUGUGUCUUCAGUCCACGAAAUCAUUUUCACUGACACAAUGAUUGUUUGUUAUAUUCCCUGAGAUGUGUUUUUUACUGUUAAUGUGCUGAUUUUUUAUUGUCCUACCAUCACAUCUGUUUGGAUUAAAUAAAACAAGACAAAUGUCUGUCAGUUCUCUAAUAAUGCACUUAACUGAUGUUGUGAAUGUGGAAAUCGGCUUUCUCUGCUCUAUACAUUUGUAAAAAAAUGUAAGAAUAUGACUUUUUAAUGUUAUUGUUUGUUGAUGAUGUAAUGUUGAUCAUGCUAAUGCCUUUCAGCGGGUCCGUUUUUAAGCUUAUGCAAAUUUUUCCACUUUCAUAAUACUGCAUUAACCAAUCAAUAAAGUCUUUACUGAGCUUUAACCCAGAAGCUUC